AUGUUCUCGAGAGCGCAGAAUGUCUGCACACCGCGAAGAGCAGGUCUGUACAUAAGCUCAGUGCUCUUCCCUCUUGCCACCGAUCCAGCGCCGCUGGGCCGCUCCACGCUGCCACGUUUGGCAGCGCCCUGCCGCCUCGGCGGCGACGGGCCGCCUCGCCGCCGGGCCGCGUCGCGGCAGACCUUGUGUGGUCGACGGCGGAGCCGUGGCCUUUCUCGUGUCUGCCGCGGCGCGGCGGCGUCCGGGGCCUCGGGCACGGCGGCGUCAGUGUCUCAGCAUGUCUCCGGGCGCUUGGGCGAGGAGACGCCAGCUGAAAUGGAGCUCGGGCGCGGCGUGCCUGCAAAGAGGCCCCAAAACUGGGUUAAUUCAGGAAGGGGAGGGGAGUUAAUUCUUGACGUCGGCUGCGGUGACUCGUGCGGCCAGCGCACGUCGCCGGGGUACGGCACGGGCAACGUGGCAGGUGUGGUUCUGCGACUGAGCGACGCCUAA